AUGGCAAAAUUUUAUUCAGAGUACUAUCAGUUACCUAGAUUUAGCGUAAUUGAAAGUUUUUAUGAAGAAGUCCAAGAAACUGAAAAAUUCCGCUUAAAAGAAAUCAGUGCAGCAGUGAAAAUCCAAGCCCUUUGGCGAAUGUAUCGGCAGCGUAAGCACUAUCUCGAAGAAAAAUGAGCAGUCAAAAUAAUCAAAAGAGUUUACAUCGGUUAUCGCACCCGCAAAAACUUCUGAAAACUCAUAAAUCAGCAGCUUGCUCAUCACCGCUUAAUGUUCUUUUCAUCAGCAGCUACAGCAAUUCAAAGAAUUUACCGUGGAUUUUAUUCGCGAAAAUAUUUCCAUGACUUUGGAGCUCGCAAAAAAUAUCUGAAACACAUUGAAGGGAAAAAUGAAAGGAGAAUUACUAAAAUGCAUGAAUAUGCAAAACAGCAAGAAAUUGAAGAGCAAAGAAGACAAGAAGAUUAUGCAAGGAUGGAAUUUUAUAAGCUGGCUAGUUCUUUAUAUAAUAAAAAAAUGGCUUCACUAAUACUCUUGGAGAGAAUUUUAUCCUUUGGUAAUUUUAUUAUUAUGGAUUGAGUUUUUUCUAGUGUUCUUUAUCCAGCUGAGCUAGGAACACCCUAGCGCAUUAACUAGAGUGGCUAGUCCAUGGGUUUUAAGGAGCAAAAAAUUUUUUAAUGACACAGCUGAGGAGGUAAAUCCUUAGGUGGAUCACGUGGAUGAGUCAAAUAGAGAACAAGAGAAUGCUGUCCGUGAGGUUUGAUUUUCGAGCAAGGAUGAGAGUGCUCUAUGCUUAAAUGUGGAAGAAAGCUGCGAAGUGAUAUAAAAGGGGCUGCAAUUAUACCGUUCUAUGGAAUAAUCAACUCUCCAAACACUGAUAAUUAAUUGCGUAAGUAAUUAAUAAGUAAGACUAGUUCUUUGCAUCAUUUGACGUCUACUAAAGCAAUUCCUGGAGUAUAUCGUGGAUUAGAAGAGGUUUCUGACUUUGGGAAACAUACUUUGAAAACUUAA